AUGUCUCGACGGCGAGAACCAAAGCGAUUCGCGCCACUGAAUCCCAAUGCCGAGAGCGGACACGACCUCCCGCAGCUAAAAGGCAUCAUCUUUGACAUGGACGGGACGUUGUGUCUUCCUCAGAACUACAUGUUCCGGGAGAUGCGCGAGGCCUUGGGAAUACCCAGAUCGGUCGACAUCCUGGACCACAUCCGCUCGCUCUCCAACGAACCGGACAUCGGGCCCGAGCCAGGGUCAGGACCACAUCCUCACUCGACAAUCAAUCCCUUUCAGCUCCCUGCCGAGGAAAUGCUGUCCCCUUUCAGCGACAAAAUCCCUGAUCCGCCCCCUUCCUCACCACAAGCUCGCGCAGUGGCCAAAAUCCAAGCUAUCGAGCGGAAUGCUAUGUCGUCACAACGUCCGCAGCCCGGUCUCCAGGCACUCAUGGACUACCUCACUCAACGGGGCGUGAGGAAGGCACUCUGCACGAGGAAUUUCCCUGCCCCGGUGCAUCACUUGCUGAGCAAUCACCUACCUGAAGUGGUGUUCGAGCCGAUCAUCACCAGGGAGACCGAGGGCGUGGAACCCAAGCCGAGCCCGGAAGGGUUGUGGAUGAUUGCUCGGGCUUGGGGCUUGGAUCGAGAGAUUGAGGCUGGAAAGAUCCGAGAGUCAGUCGAGUCAGGUGGCGACGUUGACCCCUUGGAAUUGGCCAGGAGGUAUCUGGGAUCCGGCUUGAUUAUGGUCGGAGAUAGCAUAGACGACAUGGCUGCAGGCUGGAGAGCUGGGGCGGCGACGGUGCUGUUGGUGCAGGACGAGAACCAGGAGUUAGCAAAGCACCAGUACACGGGCCUCAGCAUCAGACGACUCGAUGACCUUAUAGACAUUCUAGAGAACGGAUUUGCAGAGAGCGCACAGACAUAG